GGGGCUGAGCUGCUCGGGUGGGAGGGAGGAGGGUGGGGGCUUAUGCUUAUUUGAGACCUCAGACUCUGACUUCUUGAAGCCUUGGGUCAGUAAUUCUCUGCCCACCGUGCUGAAAGGAGACCAUGGACGUUUUAGGGGCCAGCCCAUCCUCAUCGAGGAAGAGAGGGUCUCUGGGUCUCUUCUCCGUCCCAGGUUUCCCUUCUCGAGGCUUCUCUAUCAGUGAGGGACACGACUGGCAAGGAAUCCCACCAGGCUGCCGAGAUGAAAUGUCUUGAAGGUUUUACCACGUGGGCCGAGUGUCUACCGAAAAUGUCCAGAAGGCCGCAGGCAAGAGGCCUGCACUUACACCAGGGGCCAAGCAAGUUCUCUGUUCCCCUGGCUCCUGAAGAAGGCUCAGUAUCUUCCUUCCACCUGGAGAAAGUGGAAGAGGAGGACGAAGAGGAAGAUGUGUGUUCAGAUCAGGCCCCAGAUGUGGAGGAGGAAAGGAAUGAUCUCGGGGAUCCAGCCAUCCUGAGUGUCAUCCAAAAUACCCAAGUACCACGGCAGGUAGGGCUAGAGAGAGAGGUCCUGAACGUCCACGUUCCUUCACAGACUGUCACUCAACAAUCUUUAAGACCCAUUUUGAGUUGCCAUGGAUUAUUUCAGAGAGGCCUGCACGGUUCCUCUGGAGCCGAGGCCCUUGGUACCCUGGGGAUGUCACAAGGCUCCUUGCGUUUUCUGUGCCAGCCUCCAUUCUCAAGAGCCAGCUUCCCAGCCUGCCACAUGGGACCUCACCAGCCUUCACCGGAUCCUCUUCUGUCCUACGACCCACUGGCCUCAUGGCCCCCUAAACUCAGCCUUCCCAGUCAUCUGACCCAGCUUCACCCUCAGCACCAAAGGACCCUACUGCGGCAGAGGAGUCAAACCGUGAGUCUCCUAGCCAAGAAGCCUUGGUCUCUGAAGCCAGACACCUAUGCUAACCUCAUGACCCGAAAAGAGAAGGACUGGGUGAUAAAGGUGCAGAUGGUUCAGCUGCAGAGUGAGAACCCUCGCCUGGACGAUUAUUACUACCAGGGAUACUAUCAGAAGCUAGAGAAGACACAGGCAGACAAAGAGCUGCUUGGGCAGAGGAACGGGGCUGAGUCUCUCAAACUGGUCACGCCUCACAUCCAGAAGGCAGAAAUUUAUGAGUCAGUGGUACGAAUUGAGGGUUCCCUGGGCCAGGUAGCUGUAUCAACAUGUUUUAGCCCUCGCCGAGCUAUUGAUGCCGUAUCUCACGGAACUCAAGAGCAGGAUACGGGAGCUGCAAGCAGUCAGAGGCUCCGAGUUCUCUCCCUGAUUGAGAAGGUGUUCCUUCAGUUGCUAGAAAUUGAGGAGGGCCAGAAUGAUGGGUUUCCACAGCUCUACCACUCGGGGGAACAGAGCAACCAGGUGGAGAAGCUCUUUCAGGCCUUAAAGACCCAGGGGCAGGACAACUUGGAGGAGACAGCAGAUAGCCUUCUGCAGGUGCUGUCUGUGAGGAAAGGGAAAAUUCUGGUGGCUCGGCUGCUCCCCUUCUUGCCCCACGAUCAAGCCGUUAGCCUUCUCCUGUAUAUCACCUACCAUCUGCCUCUCCUGAUCCUGAGGGACAUGGCUGACCAGGCUCUACACAUUCUAUUCAAACCUCUGGGAAAAUACAUCCGUUAUUUGACCUUCCAUCAGCUCCUCCAUGGACUUCAGGGUCUAAUGUUGCUGCCCCCUGGCACCACAGAGCGGCCAGUCUCUGUGGUGCUUCAGAAUCAGUUUGGGAUAUCUCUGCUUUAUGCCCUGCUGAGUCAUGGAGAGCAGCUGAUGUCCCUGGAUUCUUCCCUCCAAUCCAGCAGUGACUGCGCAGCCUGGACAGACUUGGUGAUUCUGGUUGCGUGGGAGAUAUCUCAGUUGCCCACAGCAUCCCUGGCAGAGCCCCUAGACUUCCCCAGGAACCUGCUUCCCCUCUUCUGCCAUCACAUGGACAAACAGCUAGUGCAGCAGCUGGAAGCCAGAAUGGAGCUUGCCUGUAUGUACUGAUUUAUGAGUUCUUGAACUUACGUGUGAGAAGCUGAAUCUCAGAAAUGAAACUACAUCACAUCACCUGCCUACAGUGAUACAGUCCAAGUCAUUUCCCAUACUUUGUUAUGUUGGAGGACCCUGCCAUUUUGUCAUAGCCCUUCUUAAAAGCUAAGUGACUUGCCUAAAAUUAAGGCAUGACUUUAGGUAUAAUUAGAGAAACAUCAAAUGAUAUGUUGAAACUUGUUUGUAAGUUUAGAAUUACAAUGAAGACCAUUUUUUGUGAGUGUGUCAAUAUAAGGGGCAAGGCCUUGUUAUGUGUAAUAAAUAUGUAAUCUGGGACAUUGUUUCAGUGUGCCAGAUUUUAUGUAAACCAAACAGCUGAGCUAAGGCUGAGAGAUUUGGAUGUAAGCAUCUUCCUUGGCUUGGUUGCAUUUUGUCAGAUGAAGUCCUGCAUUCAUCGAGGAACACUGGAGAACCUUUCAUGCACCAGGCCGGGUUCCAGGUAGGAGGAUAACAAUGGCGCACAAGUCUCUGCUACUUUCAGAUGUACAUAGAGGCUGGGUAAGAAUUGACAGAAAAUAUCAAUCAGUCAUAAGUACUGUCGGGAAGCAGGAUGAUUUGAGAGCGACUGGAGUGGAGGAGGCUUUAGAUUGGAUUGGCUAGGACGCUGCUUUAACAGGUUGCUGUUGAGUCAAUCCUCAGACUGUGGAAGUGGCCACAUUACCAAGGCUAAGCAUGGAGACAUACCCCUGACUUCCUGAGUAGCUAGACGGCUGGGGAAGAAGCCACGGGAGUCCAAGGCCACCAGGGAGCCUUUAUCAAAUAAAAAAACUUGGCAAGGUACUGUUCAAUUUCUCCCAAGCCUUUCCAGCACGUCUCAGCGCUCUCCCCCCUUUUCUAUACUGGAUUGUACGUCCCUGAGUGAGCCGCUUCACUCUGUACUCAAUCCAUCUGUUACAAAGGAUAUCAUUUGACUCCGAUAUUCACGCUAACGUUCAGGCUUGUAAGGAAUAGAAAACUCAGUGGUGGAGGACCAUAAAGAAUAGACUGUCCCCCAAAGGAGGCCUAUUGGUCUGAGAGGUCAGCACCCCCAAACCGUGCAGUUAUGUAUCCAGGGGUACAGAAAAACUCACUAUGUGGGGGUCUGAAAAGCAAUUUUUGUAGGCAGAGGCUGGCGAAUGCUUUUCGGGUAAAAAACGUUCUUCAA